AAGAUUGCAUGAACCGCGUCGAUCGCAAACCCAAUUUCCUAGCUUGUCUGUUUCUUGACCGAUUUAUUGCUGGCUCCUUAUAUUGAUCUCCAUCUCUUUAUCUAUCACGAUCUCUACCCGUUAUUUGGCACAUUUCUCGCUCACACAUACUUACAUUACCCCCCACCACACACAACUCUCUCGCACGCGUGCGUAUACACACAAGCACGUACCAAGGUUUUUUCUUUUGCGCUGCUCUUCUUAUUGGAUUGUGGGGCAAUGAACGUGCAACAUUUUGCGGCCGUGAAUGUGGCCCGCCCUUACAGAUACCACGACCUAGGUCAAGGGGCAGGGGAAAUAAGAGGAUCAGGCCCAGGAACCGAACUGAUAACGCGCCUUAAUCCAGGGGAUUGGUCAUCAUCCGACAAAGCGGCAGCGGCGGCAGCAGUAUCCUCAUCAUCGGGCUUGCCAUCGUCAAAUCUGUCUUCCUCGACGCUGUCGUCGUCGAAUGUGGUCGCUGUGCAGAGACUGGUUCAAGGAUCCACCCCAGUGACUACAGCAGUGAUGCCAGUGAGGGUGCCAGUUGGAGUUCCCGCUCCGGGUCCAGUUAGCGGACCCGCCAACUCCAUCUCCUUCGGCCCGUCGGAUUUUACCGCCCUAAGCUACUUUACCUCCCCAGCUCUCUGUUGUCAACAUCAACAACCACCACCACCACCACCACCACAACCGCAUCCCUCGUCGACCCGCUACAAGAUGGGCUCCAUGCAGUCCGACGAGGAGCUGGCCACUCUGCAGAAGCUCUCGAGCGAAUAUGAACCAGACGUUCAGGGUCCUCUCGUCGGCAAGCGCCAAUCGAGUCAGGCCAUUACCGCCGAAUAUGCCAACGCCGAUCCAGCAUUUGUUCGCAAGACAAGGGCACUACCCCAGAAAUUCUCUCAUUAUCGAACGGUCAAAGGAGAUGGAAAUUGUGGUUGGCGAGCAAUCGCCUUUGGUUACUUUGAAACCCUAUUGAGACUCGGGGACAAGAAUCAAAUUGCUGCAGAAGAGGCUCGACUCAAGUCGCUCAACAAUCUCCUAAACGUUGCCGGCUUCCAAGAACAUCUUUAUGAGGACUUUGUCGAAGAGACAAUUCUGCUACUUCGAGAAGUUGCCUCAUGGGUCCCAGUCACUGAUGAUGGAGCCGCUCUUUUGGCCAAAUUCAACGACUCCUCCAUAUCGAAUGCCAUCAUCACUCACUUUAGGUUACUUACCAGCGCAUGGAUGAAAACACACGCCGAUGCUUAUCAACCGUUUAUCCCGGAUAAGACGGUGGAACAAUACUGUGCAACCCAGAUUGAACCUUACCAGGUUGAGAUUGAGCAUGUCGGAAUGAACGCGUUGAUUGACUGUCUUAUAAAGUCGGCCGGAUUCGCAGUAGAAAUCCUCUACCUGGACCGAAGCGCCGGAGAAGAAGUUAAUACGAUCCGCUUUGAGCUAGAAACUUCGGCGGGAGAGGCCGUCUUUCCAGACGCAGCAACCAUGAGACUGUUAUACAGACCGGGUCAUUAUGAUAUUCUUUACAAAGUUGAGGAUGUUGCAGAAUUGCUUUCUGCCGCGACACAAGUGCAGCUCGUCUCUGAUCUCGAGUCGUUUUCCCCUAUUCGCGAUGUACCGAUGGCGUCGACCUAUGGCCAGUUCAACCCGUGGUUCGCCGAGAUCCCUGGCAUGUCUUUUGUCCCUGGUGUGCCCUCGGGCCUGUCGGGUCUAUCGGGCCUGUCCGGCCUGACUGGGUAUGGAGGUUUGGGCUCGCUAUCGCUGAUGCCGACAAGUUUUGCACCCGCUGCCGAACCUACGGUGCCUCAACCAUCAAUGACACCAAGUGCUUUGCCCAUAAGCCCUACUCCGACGGCCACAACGCCCAGUUUCCGACCGUCCAAAUACGAGUAUGAAGCGGAAUUUACACCGGCGCCGCCGGCAAACCUUCCAUGCCAAACGGCAACAUUUCGAAAUUCUCACUACAAUCCGGCACACUUUUUGAAUUCCGAAUUUCAACCGGAGAUGUGGACGCCUGAGACGGAAAUUAAAUCGGAAAGCAAAUCACCGGAUCAAAUUCGGCAUUGAUACAUGACGAUGCUGGCUUGACACCGCGGACCAGGGUCAUCGCAGCAGCACGCUACCUUGCCAGUGAACAUCUAUGAAUUUCGAUCCGUUACCAUUGACGACCAACCUCCCAUGAGCGUCAACGUCGCAUCAUCAAAUCUCCCAUUUCGCAUCUUCAUGCCCUCCCUUCCAUUUUCGACCAAUAAAUAAUCUCCCAAUUAUCACAUAUAUUCCAUCCAACCCAAAUUUACAUUAUGACC